AUGACUCGAAAUCCGCAGGGAGAUAUGGGGAAGAAAAAGAAGAUUGCAUAUUUUGAAUAUUCAGAAGAAAACAAUCGGAAGAGAUUCUUCACUGAGAAGAGCGUUGCCGAUUCAAAAUUUUCAUGCAAAUUCAUCAUUCAAUACGCGGAGGACAUAGACAAUCCUAGCGAUUAUCCGAUCGAUUAUUCAGAGAGGAAUUACGCUGUUAUAUUCUGGGUUCAGCCUGGAAGAGAACACCACACUAAUGUGGUGAAAGGUUCUCCAAAUCCGAUAUGGAAACAGGGUUUUCGGAUGAUUUUAAACCCGGAUGAGGAAUUCGGAUUCCUGAACAUGGAAGUUGUAAGAGUACAUUCCAGAGCAGAUCCUGGAACCUCAACAGGCCUUAUCUUGGUGGGAAGAGUUCAAAUUCCAAUACUAAGAAAACCUUGUAUGCUAUCUCAACGAUACGGGCUUGUGAGACCUGAAGGUUCGGGUUACAAAGCUGAAGGUCACUUGUAUGUCUCCACUAUCUAUUAAAACUGAAAACUAAUUAUCCAAGUGAAAUUCCUCGUUAUUAAAAAAGAUUAAUCUGAGGGUAAUUUCCUUUUUCUUGUUGAAGGUUAGAAUUAGUUUUAUCUUUUUUUAAUUUUGUUCGAGUAACAUUGU